GCGGCCCGUGUCCUGCGGGCCGGGCGGGCGGCUGUCGGCGGCGGGGCGCGGGCCGCAAGAUGGCGACCGCCAUGUACCUGGAGCACUACCUGGACAGCAUCGAGAACCUGCCGUGCGAGCUGCAGCGGAACUUCCAGCUGAUGCGGGAGCUGGACCAGAGGACCGAAGAUAAGAAAGCCGAAAUUGACCGCCUGGCCGCGGAGUACAUCGAGUCGGUGAAGAACAUGUCAGCCGAGCAGCGAGUGGAGCACCUGAGGAGGAUCCAGAGCGCCUACGGUAAAUGCAAGGAGUACAGCGACGACAAGGUGCAGCUGGCCAUGCAGACCUACGAGAUGGUGGAUAAGCACAUCCGCCGCCUGGAUGCGGACUUGGCGCGGUUUGAAGCGGAUCUGAAGGAUAAACUGGAGGGCAGUGACUUUGAAAGCUCUGGAUCACGAAACCUGAAAAAGGGAAAAAGUCAGAAAGACAAAAGAAGCUCUCGUGGUCGAGGCAAGCGGACGUCUGAAGAGGACACACCAAAGAAAAAGAAGCUGAAAGGAGGCUCCGAGUUUGCUGACACCAUCCUGUCAGUGCAUCCCUCAGACGUCCUGGACAUGCCUGUGGACCCCAAUGAGCCCACCUACUGCUUGUGUCACCAGGUGUCCUACGGGGAGAUGAUUGGCUGCGACAACCCAGAUUGCCCCAUUGAAUGGUUCCACUUUGCUUGUGUGGACCUCACCACCAAACCAAAAGGGAAAUGGUUUUGUCCACGCUGUGUUCAGGAAAAAAAGAAAAGUAAGAAGUAAAGGGGAAUACCUCGUCUGAGGCAAGAAGAGUUUUAAUAUAUUCCUUCCUUCAUGUUGCAAUAUCAUCUUUGAUUUCGAUUGUGAUUUUAAAACCUGCCCUUCUCCCAUUUCUGAUAUGCUAUUUAAUUGUCCAGCGGCCAGUUCUAAUUCCUGUUCUUUUGUAACAAGUGACUUUGGGAAGGGAGGAAUUUGCCACAGGGAUUUUAUUUAUGUUACUCUCGCACAGCACUGAGAUCAGUGUUACUCUGAAGUGCUCGAACAGCCCAUAGCUGUAGUCUGCUUGUUUUUAAGAGUCUCUUAAACCCUGUGAGGCACUGCAGGAAAUUGAGAUACCCACCUCUUCAGUAUGAUGCAUCCUAUUGCUGA